AGCAGUCGCUUGACAGCUCGACCUAAACAUUUCUUUGAUUCGUCGUCGUUGUUGUUGUUGUCGUCGUCGUGACUGUGUACACAUAUACAAAUCAGCAUUGGCGAGCAUGACAACAACAUCGUGUAAUCCAAAGCCUCGAAGCGGUGUAGGCAGGCGACUGUGGAUGCUAAUAAAAUGAUGCAUCAUCGUCCAGCGAAAAGAAGAGGAGGAGAGAUCAAAAUGUAAUCUACCUCGCUUUGAAAUACUGCUGCCGAAUCGUUAACUCUGCGAGCUGCCUAUACAUGCCAAUUGUGGGAAAGUAACGCCGAUGUCGUCGUCGUCUGUUUCGCCUUAAUUUUUAUGAAAGUGCAUCGGUAUGUAGAUGCGAAUGACGAGCUCUAGGCUCUCUCUCUCCUUCCCUCCCAUACUUUUUCCCGUUUGACCGUUAGCGGAGAGGUGCGUGUAUAAACACAGAUGUAACAUCUGCGGAUUGUCGAAGCAAAACCAAAAGUACAUACAUAUACGUGCGGACGACAGUUCCAAAGCGUUCGCAGGCACAUAAAACGAGUGGACAAAACGCGAAAACAAAUUCAGCGAGGAUCGAAAGAGUUAUAAGUGCUGCGAACUUUCUACAAUCACAUCUGCUACGAGUUUCGUUCAAGGUUAUCAUUUGAACCAAUCCAUGGGACAUGUGGUGUCAUUGAUCACCUGUGAUUAUUUCAUUUGAAAAAUUUUGCAUCGUACAUUGUUUCAUUGGAUUGAUUGAGUUUCUUUUCUUCGUUUGCAACUUCUAGUGCACUCGACCAAGUAGCUUCCUUGUCGUCAUAGUAGGUAUCCUGUCUUAGCUGAUUGCUAAUACAACAAUUGCCAAAAAUGCAUUUCUCCGUCCCAGAUACACAAGAGCUCGUUGAUGAAUCUGGAAGUCCAUAUAUGGGUUAUAAUGUGCACAUUAAUGGACUGUUUCACUGUACUGUUAGAUAUAAACAACUCUACAAUUUACAUGAACAAUUAAUGAAAGAACUAGAUCUUAGUAAAUUGGAGCUGCCGUACUUUCCACCAAAAAAAUUGUUUCCUUUGACUUACAAUCAACAAGAAGAACGAAAAUUAGCCCUUGACAGAUAUAUUCAAUCCAUUGGACAAAAUACUAGUAUUAAUAAUUCUGAACUAUUGAAUGGUUUUUUAUUAAGUGCUCAAUUGGAGAGCGCUAAAGAUUCAAUUACAUUUGUAAACAUUGAUGUUUUCUUGAUGAAUGGAUCCAAAAUUAAUUUAGAAGUUUGUACGGCAGACAAUUCUAGUCAAGUAUUAAAAAAAGUGUGUCAUAAGAUAAAUUUGAAUGAAAAAUAUUGCUCCUACUUCUCUUUAUUUUUAAUAUAUCAAAAUGAUGAAACUUUUAUUGUACUUAGAAAACUGCAAGAUUUUGAAUCACCUUUUAUCACUCAAAAAAAUAUUAACAAAAUUGGUACAAGAAUUGUUCUUGGAAAAUGGUACUGGGAUAUUGGAUAUGAUUUAGAACUUUUAGAAGACCCAGUUGCUCGACAUUUACUAUAUCUUCAAGCAUCUGCUGAAGAAGAAAGAGGAUGCAUUCCUACAACAGAAAAAAUCAAACUUCAAUUAAUAUCUUUGAAAGAUUCUGAUAACGAGGAAGAGUAUUUGAAAAUAAUUAGAUCAUUAAAGUAUUAUGGAUAUCUUCAUUUUGCGCCAUGUAUCUGUGAUUAUCCUAAGCCUCAAUCAAAAGUGCUGGUCUCUAUUGGGAAAAAUGAAUUGAAUUUACGAGUAAUAACUGCAGAAAAUAAUUAUGAAGAAUUUGGCUUCAAAGUGACUAGAAUGAGAUGUUGGCGAAUAACAACUCUUCAAGAGGGUUCAGAGAAAUAUGAAGAUAUGCUUGAUAGCAAACUUGAACUAUCAUUUGAAUAUUUAAUUGCAAAAGAUAAACUACAAUGGAUUACUAUUACAUCUGAUCAAGCUAUUCUUUUGUCAGUUUGUUUACAAUCAAUGAUUGAUGAACUUCUUUUAAAAACUGUUGGAGGAAUCAAAACUCAAGAUGUAGCAAAAAAGACAUGGACUUAUGUUACUAGAGAGGGCCAUACAAGAAAUGUCAUUGGUUCUCUUACAGCAAAUUUUUUUGAUAAAAAUUAUAAGGAAAAUGAUUCUAAUAAUAGUCCCAAAUCCGAGCCAAUUAUUAAAAAAUUAGCUGAACGGUUUUCUAUUGUAAAAGUGAAGAAAAGUAAUUCUGUAACAACAACACCAAUGCCAAGUCCAGAAAGAAGGUAUCAACCACCUGGAGAUUCUCUAGAAAAUAACGCAUUUGGAAUGAUUGGCGAUGAUGAUUUGUAGGAUAAUUCUUGCAUCGCAAUUCUUUUAAUAAUUUUAGUAAUGUACAGCUCGUUAAGGAACAGUCAUUUAAAUUUUGCUUCGAUAAUUUUGAAGCAUGAAUGAAUUUUUUUAAUCGAUUUCCAUUCACUCGAAUAGAAUUGAAUGAAUUAAGACUCAGAGUAUUGGGGAAUCGUGUUUUCAGUAUAUAAAUAUAAAAUGCGCGUCGUUUUCGAUUUUCCAUAUAGUUUUACGCCAUUUUUUGUCUUUUUUGAAUCAAUGUAUUGUAAACACGAUUUCUGAAUAUUUUACGGAAAUAUAUUUUUGUACAAAAAAAACAGUAAAACUAACGUUGAAGAUGUUUAUAAAUUAAUAAUCGUAAACUCAAGAUGUAAAUGUAUUAACUGUUGUUAAUUAAUAAAGUUACUGCAGUAACUGCAUUUAUAUGAAAAUGCCUAACAAGAAUGAUGUAAUUAACUAGAUUAAUAUUUUUACAAAAUUUAUUAAAGUAGAACUUGUUGAUAACAUAGUUCUAUAUUUUUAAUAGAUAUUCGUUAAUACUCGAAAAUUAUAUUAUAUUUAUAUCAGAUGAUUUUGAAUCAAUCUAUCUACGAAUAAAAAAUAUUUAUGAUAAAUGAAACUGAAUCGAUGAAUCAACUGUUUGAUCACACAUUUCCGAGAAAUGUUGAUGGUUUAGUUAUAAAAAAAACCUUAUGAGAUUAUAGCCGAUAAUAAAUUUUUAAUUUUCAUCUAGA